UUGGCAACUCUGUUUUCUUCCGUCAAAUUGAAUAACCUCGCUCAUACUAAAGGACAUUGUGAAUUUUAAUAAAUCAUAUUUGUAAUCAGAUAUUUUUAUUAAAAUAACAAAAUGUCUGAUCUUCCAUACGGACCUCCAGUACGAGUAUCACCUUUGAUAAGGUUCGGCCGGUGGUCAUUCCUCGGCGCUGGCAUACUGUACGGAGCAUUCCACCAGAGCAGGUUGUCCAAGAAGGAGGCCAAACUGCGAGAAAUCGAGGCCAAGGAGAAGGUUGUCAGGGAUGCGAAACUAAAGGAGGAGAAGGCGAGAGCUGCUGCUGCCGAGAUCAAAGCCCUCGAAGAAUUGGUCGCGCCCGUAAAGAAAUGAACUGGUCGAAAGUGAAUGCGUUUUAGUUUUAAGUAAUUAGUGAAGGCCACCAUCUUGAAAAGUGUUGCCAUUGAAAAAAAUACAUUAAAAACUUAAAUCUUGUUCAGACAGUUUGGCUGUAUACAGUUUUUUGUUUUUUUUUUCUCUACCCUUCUGUUUUAAUGGCAUGGCAACUAACAACUUUUAUAAAUUAAUGUUGUAUUUAAUGAAAUAUAGGUGAUUAUUUAAA